UUUGCUAUGUUUACAAAAAUAUUAUUUCUAAAAUAUUUCGAAUUACGUUCUUAUAACUUAAGAGCGUGAUGAUCAUUUAUAUAAUAUCAACAAACGGCCUGAGAUUUAUGCUAAAUGUUAUUUCAUACUUUGAAAUCAACGCGAGCUAUAGAGCAAGUUACUAUUUAGUCAGGGAUACAAUCUACUGGCUAGAGCAAUAUCCUCAGGCAGUUUCUGUAUUUCUUCAAUUAUACAGCAUUGGUCACGUCAUGUCCUGCGCCUUCGCAGCUUAUGGCGCUUAUAUGAUCAAACAGCGAUUUGUUAUACCUCUAGCUGUAUUUGAAUUUAUUUAUAUUGUGGAAACUGUUACGCUUUUUACAUUGUUUCUAAGAAUCCUUCGGCAUUUUCUAAGCAUAACUCACUUGACUCUGUUAACAAUCUCAGCUACUUUUUAUUGUAUGCUGGUCGCAUAUGAUUUUUUGGCCAUCGUCGCCUUUGAGCAAAUUGUUAGACUGGUGAAGAGCAAGCGAUAUCAGGAAAUUUACGGCACAGAUCCUUUAAAUCCCAUAAUAACACCUAAGCAAAAGAUAUUUAUCAGCACAGAAGAACAAAAUUUGGACCAUCCCAUAAUUGUCUAUGUGAUGCCAUUCAAAUGGUGGCAAAUGGAGGCUUUGGAUCGUAAAAGCUUUAAGGAAACUCCACAAGCAGAUGACUGCCAUAAAUAUUUUCAAAGUCAAGAGCUUGUGCCUGAGAUAAUGCUUCAUAACGCGACAAACAUAAGAAAGAGCCAGAAGUAUAAAUAUUAAUGUCGAUAUUGAAGCAAU